AUGCCCGAACAAUGUGGCCUCUGCACCGUGCUGAUAAGCCGGUCCAACUUGGGUAUCCAGUGUCAAGGUCGCUGCAAAAAACAGUAUCACCUGAAAUGUGUGUCAUUGCCACCUGGCUUGGCCGACUUAUCAGCUGACUCAGGUGUUCUUUGGCUUUGUAAACAGUGCAAGCAGGGAACUCCGAACGCGGGAAUAUCCUCUCCGCUGAUGACUGAAAUGAUGGAUAAAAUCAAUAUAGUUCUUGCUGAUAUGACUGGUAUUAAAUGUAAUCAAACUGAAGUCAUGGACUCAUUGAAAUUCUACGGGGAUAAAAUUGACGAUUUCACCAGGCAAAUGAAAACUGUUAAGGUCAUGAUGAAAGAUUUGAAUACUGCCAAACAAGAAAUCUUAUUUCUGAAAAAUGAGUGCUCCGAACUCAGAUCCGAAGUUCAGUUUCUUCAACAACAAUCUAGAGCCAAAAAUGUGGAAAUAAGUGGAAUACCUGAAAGAAAGGGAGAAAUUAUUUCCCAGGUCAUUAAGAAUGUCGGCGUUCACCUGGGCAUAAACAUCGUCGACUCCGAACUCGAUGAAGUUCACAGGGUCAUGAGACAUCCUAGUGCGACCAACACAAAUUUACCGAAGAAUAUAGUUAUCAAAUUUUCAACAAUUACAAAACGCAACCAAUUCAUUCAAGCAUAUCGCCAUCAGAAGAAAACCGGAAAAAUGUAUACAACCGACUUUGGUAUCGAGGGUCCUAAAUAG